UGUAUGAGCUGGCUUAGUGGAUUUUGGCUUUGUUUUACAUGUUUUAAAUGUAAAUAUAUGCAUGGUAUUUAAUAUUUUCCAUGUUUUAUGUAUUUAAUGUUUAAAUAUGUUAAAGCUGAAGUCACUUCUCCAGAUGAUAAUUAAUAAUAGUGCAUCAAAAGAAUCUUGAAUCUGAAUCUUGAAUAAACCCAUAAGGAAAAUGGUGAAUAUGCACUGCAAAUGCCCAUUUGACAGGCCUACUGUAAGGAUUUGUGUCCAAAUUAUUUGUACAUUUAGUUUGAUUAAUUCCAGAAAAUCAAAUGCAAUCAACAAUUACUGAGUGAAACUGUAGUUCAUUUCAUUGGCCACAGGAGGCGCUCUCUCGACAGGGAGUCCGGAACGACGCUGACGUGUUGGUUACGAGAGAUGUCGUAAGCACGUCUGCAACCUAGCAGCAGAAAGGACGGCGUAAACAAAGUAGACAGCUACAGAUGAGCUAACUCUAAGAAGCUAAUGUUCCGUGAGCAAAGUACUUCGCUGCAUUCGGCUGAAUAUGAAAACCUGUUUUCACUUUAUGGAUAAGCGCAGCUUUCAUUCGCGUGGUUACAGACUCACUCAUGAGCGGAGGCCGAGUUAACAAGUUACCGUUAUCGCAAGCUACGUUAGCUUCAGCUAACCGAAGGUAUCGGGACACGGAUUUUGUUUUUCAGAAAAUUGAUGUUAUCGCAAAUAACGUUAAUUGAUUACACUCGGUAACGGCGAGUUUAUUCAUCAACGCUGGUUACGAUGGCCAUUUUAGGGGCUGGGAACGUUAACGCUAUCACGACUUAGCUCGCCAUGUAGCUACUUUAGGCGAAGAGUCGAUCAACUGUUGAAUCGGGGUUGGAUAGCGGUGCGACGCUCCUGGCUAGAUGACCACUUGACUGCAGUCAUCUGGACUCGGACUGCGAUGUUUAGCCUGAUGGCGAAUUGCUGCAACUGGCUGAAACGCUGGCGAGAGCCCGCAAGGAAAGUGACUCUGGUUAUGGUGGGGCUGGAUAAUGCUGGGAAGACAGCCACAGUGCGAGGAAUCCAAGGAGAGAACCCACAGGAUGUGGCUCCUACAGUGGGCUUUUCCAAGGUUGACCUGAAGCAAGGCAAAUUUGAGGUGACCAUCUUUGACCUGGGUGGCGGGAAGAGAAUCCGGGGCAUCUGGAAGAACUAUUACUCGGAGUCGCACGGCGUGGUGUUUGUGGUGGACUCUAGCGACGUCCAGAGGAUCCAGGAGACACGGGAGACCAUGGCCGAGGUCCUUCAGCACCCGCGCAUCGCAGGGAAACCUGUGCUAGUGCUUGCCAAUAAACAAGACCAGGAGGGAGCGCUGGCUGAAGCAGACAUCAUUGAGAAUCUGUCGUUAGAGAAGCUCGUCAACGAGAACAAGUGUCUCUGUCAGAUCGAGCCAUGCUCUGCCGUUCUGGGUUAUGGCAAAAAGGUCGACAAGUCCAUCAAGAAGGGCCUGAAGUGGCUCCUCAACAACAUCGCCAAAGACUACGAGGCCAUCACCGAGCGCGUGCAGAAGGACACGGCGGAGCAGCGUGCUCAGGAGGAGCAGGACAAGAAGGAGAGGGCGGAAAGAGUACGGCGGAUACGAGAGGAGAGAGAGCGGCAGGAGCGGGAAGAGGCGGAACGUGAGGGCAGGCAGAUCCAGGAAGAGGAGCCUGAUGACGAAAACAUGCCCAGCCCCUUCCAGCCAAUCAGCAACGUGAUCUCUGAGAACGAGGACAGAGAAAACGAGAGGAAGAGGCAAAGAGAGCUGCAGGAGGCCCGGACCAACAGCCCCAAGACCGAUCAGGAGGAAGAGGAGGACGACAACGACGAAGAACUGGAUGACACAAGACAAACGCCGGAAAAUGGCAGUUCAGCUGCAGCAAGUGAGCAAGACAAAAAGAAGACGAGGAAGCUGCAGCUGAAGAGGAAGCACAGGGUGGACCCGCUGAAGACUGAGGACGGUCCAGCAGAGAGCCCCACCCCUCCACCUCCUCCAGUUGGAUGGGCCACACCCAAAGUUUCUAGGCUGCCAAAACUAGAGCCACUCGGGGACUCGAGACACUCUGAAUUUUACAAGAAGCCUCUCCCGCCUGUUGCGAACAGGCCACGGCCUAACGGCGACGCUCAUGACGUCAUUUUUUAACCUCCCUUUACUGAUUGAGGCCCUCCAAUCACGGCUGUCCCCUUUUUGCUUUCUGUCUCAAGCGAGCGGUGUGUAGACCGCCAAACCAAGAGACACUGCAGACGGCGUGGCAGCCGGUGAGCGCGGGAGUGGACGUGAAGCACAGGCGCAGCAUGGGAACUGAAGUCCUGCUCAGAGGCCGUUGUGGUUUCACAAACCGACACAGUUCAGUGUGAAACCUUGAACCUGCCUGAACUGCUUUGAUGUCAGGCACUGUCUUAUGUGCUGAACUCUUUCCACAACUGUAGACUGAAAUUUUUUAUCGUUAAGAUCAGUGUUCGACUGUAUGGACUAAGUCUGUCCAACUGAAAUGCUUUUAAUUGAUGAAGAAUGUAAAUAUGUCUGUUUUAACCUUCUAUAUGUCUGUCUGUUACUGAAUAAUAGAUUUGUACACACAUCGCCAUUAAGAAUGACCAUAUUUUAUUCAUUUAUUUUUGCACCUUGGGUUUUGUCGUGUAAACAAAUGUGUAUAUGAGGGUAGAGGUCUUAAGUGGCUUUCCACAGCAGAGUGCUUUAAAUUUGACCUUUCUAAAGUCAGAAACAUUUCCCUUUUUACACCAGCGGCGCGGGUUGACGAUGAGGUCAAGGAAGUUGUGCUUAAAUGGGUGAAUUAUGGGUGUAGUUUGCUGCACUACGCUGGACUGUGCAUGGAAAGGUGUUACACUACAACAUGAUUGUUAAUUGGUCAGUUUUAGUCAUGAAUGUCUUCACAUUUCACUUUAAUACUAUAACAGUUUUAUGGCCAUGAAAGGAAAAAAUGGUUAAAUCUGUAAAAAGGGAGCUCUUGUCUCUUGCCAGCAGCGUCAUAAAGUAUAUUUUUAUUUAUUGUUAAAAAUGUAAACAUAUGGAAAUAUAUUUGUCUACAGGGCUCCAGAUUUUUUACACAUUCUGCUGUUUACACUGUGUAUCUGUUUUUAAAGUGAUAUUUCCCUUGAGGCAGGCGUCAGACUCAGACUUGCUGCCUCUCAGGUGGGCCUGAGGUGGGAGCCAGCACUGUUGUUGUUCCAGCUUUUCUCUCUGUCUUCUGCACCCGUUCUCACUUUGAAAAUAGCAAAAAUUGCAUCUCAGAAAGCACAAAUCUGGGGGAAAAAAAAAUCAAAACUUGGAACACUGCAUUGCCCCAGUUAGGUUUCUGAGUGUUGGAAGAGUUUGCUGUGGGACGAUGAGGGUGGAGAAAGUAUCACUACACCGACACCUGGAACAGCCAAUAUUGGGUCAGAACACAUGAGAGUAUGUGUUGCAAAAGUAAGCACAGGGAAAAUCACUUUAAAACUACAAUAUUAGAUUUUCAAAUCUAUAGUGCAACACUCACUCUCCUCUCAAUGAGCUAGAUGUUGGAAAAAAAAUAUUUUUUCUACCCAGUUUGAAUUUUAUAACCGCACAAUUAAAGAUGAUUUAAAUAUA